CGCGGACACACGGACGGACAAGGACGCUCCAGAGCCGCGAGCUGGAGACGGCAGUACCCGAGACGUGCGCGAGCUUCCCUUAGAUCUGCGGCUCUGUCUGUCGCAGCCCUCACAUUCACCUGGGGGAGCGUGCGGCGUGCGUGCGGAGAGGAUUUCCAAUUUCAAAGACCGCCUAACUUUUUCCAGACAAAUAGGCUCUAAGGAUUAAAAACAAACAACGAACAAAUAAAACAAGACAUAGAAGAAGACGAACUGAAGUGAAAUAAGGAUAUUUCUAUCCGAAGUGAAGAGUUUGAUUUUGGAGCAGUGGGGGAAUCAAACAGGGAGAACAGGGAGCUGAAUGCGUUUUACGCACUGGGCGCGCAUCCAACAAAGAGCCUGAACUCCUGACAGUUUCUCUGUCCUCUUCGUCCCCGAAUCGUCACUUAUUUAGCUCAGGGUGAGGCGAGAUUUAUCAGAAUAAAAACGCAUUUGGAGGACUUAUCGCAGGACUUACCCCUUCUGGAAUUGUUGAACACGCCGCGAACGCACCGACCGUUGACCACUGCCAUGCUUCGGACGAAGUGGUAAUUUACUCGAGGUUCCUUCAAACCUCAGGGUUGCAGCCAUGGGCGUAUCACUUUAUCUUUGAGAAGAACCAGAUUUCUUCACGUUCAUCACUCUCUUCCCAUCCCCUUCUCCAUUUUCUAUGCAUUUGUUUUCUGGGAAACCAGGGAAGUGACUCACCAGGAACCAGACCCCAUUGACCCUGCCUGUGGAACUGCCUCCUUUCCUUCAACUGGAAACCAUGAAAACCCUUUUUCUCAUCAAUGGCCAUUCAGGAUGGCCUUUUCCAGCACUGCUAUCAUUUUGUGCAACUUUUCUACUGAUGGGCUGUUGCUACCAUGCUGCCCCCUCAGGCCCUGAGUCCGACUCCUGCUCCACCUUAGUUCAGAACCGCUUCUUUGGGUUCUUUUUGUCAUCAUCAGUGUUCCCCACUGUGCCUUGUUCCUGGACCCUACAGAACCCAGAUCCACGACGGUACACAACAUUCAUCAAGGUGACCAAACCCACAGGGGGCUGCCAGCCGUUUCAACUGCGGACAUUCCAGUAUGACUCCUUCCUGGAGACCACGCGUACCUAUCUGGGCAUGGAGAGUUUUGAUGAGAUCGUGAGGCUGUGUGACUCCUCUGUUCCUGUGGCCUUCCUGGAGGCUGGAAAACAGUUCCUGCAGAUGAGAAAAGGACUUCCUCGGGCAGACAUGGCCAUCCAAAACGGUGAUGAAGAUUUUAAAACUGAGUACCUGGUGGUGGGGAAGCGCAAUCCAAGUAUGGCAGCCUGUCAGAUGCUCUGCCAGUGGCUGGAAGACUGCUUGGCCUCCAGCACAUCCAACAGACCCUGUGGCAUAAUGCAGACCCCCUGCUUGUGCUGGGACAAGCCUCCACAGCUCAGUCUGGGUGAUAGUUGUUAUCACAAUGGAGUUUACUUGGAAAACUGUUUGCCCACCGUGAAAGAGAGUGGAAAAGAUGCUGAAAUAAAUGGUGGUUGGAGUGUGUGGGGCCACUGGGGGCAGUGCAGCAGUGAAUGUGGCGGAGGAAUCCAAACCCGUGCUCGAACCUGCCAGUCUCCUCCUGAGGAGUCUUUCCUGUGUGAGGGCAUAGUGGAGGAAGGUCGGCCCUGCAACUCCCAGUCAUGCACAGGCAAAGGUCGCCAUCUCUCUCGCAGCCAGUCUCUCCGCUCGGUGGACAACCCCAAGCGUGAUGACACAGACAAGUCCCCCCGCAGUGGACAGCAGAGUCCUCAGGAAGGUAAGACAACGGGACGCAGAGGGAUCCCAUGCAUCAGUCACUGUGGCAGCUUGGGUGACCAGUUUCUGGGCUCCAACAUCAAGGAGCUGUUCCGUCUCAUGGAGGACUUUGUGGAUGUCAUUGGCUUAAGGAUGAAAGAGUUCCGUGACAUGUAUGAAGUCACCGAUAACCUGGUUUUGAGCAUCCAUAAGCGUCCUGUGAUGGAUCAGGCUGACUUCAACUUCCCUAUGAAGGGCUGGAGAGGAAUGGUGGACUGGGCUCGGAACUCUGAGGAUCGGGUCAGCAUCCCAAAGAACAUCCUGUCCACUGGAAAGCCGGAAGCAGACGACGACUCGACCUUCGUAACCGGUGUUGUUCUCUACAGGAACCUGGGCAGCAUUUUGUCUCUGCAAAGAAACAACACUAUCCUCAACUCUAAGCUUUUGUCAGUGACCAUCAAGCCCCUUCCUGCUUCCCUCUCUACACCUGUUGUGGUCGAGUUCUCCCACCUAUACAACGGCACUACCAAUCAAACCUGUAUAUCCUGGGAUGAGAGUGACAGCUCCUCUCUGCUGGGAUCUUGGUCUGCCAGGGGCUGCAGAGCCGUGCUCGUCGACUCAUUCAGAACCAAAUGCGUGUGUGACAGGCUGUCCACCUUCGCCAUUUUAGCACGGCUGAACCCCGACAUGAACAUGGAUAAGAUGCAACUCCCAUCUGUAACCUUGAUUGUUGGCUGUGGAGUAUCCUCGCUCACACUACUGCUUCUCAUUAUCAUCUACGUGUCUGUGUGGAAGUACAUUCGAUCGGAGCGCUCAGUCAUCCUCAUUAACUUCUGCCUCUCCAUCAUCUCCUCCAAUGCCCUUAUUCUCAUUGGACAGACCCAAACAAGGAACAAGAUUUUAUGCACCCUGAUUGCAGCAUUCCUUCAUUUCUUCUUCCUGUCAUCAUUCUGCUGGGUUCUGACUGAGGCCUGGCAGUCAUACAUGGCCGUGACCGGUCGCCUCAGGAACCGCAUCAUACGGAAGCGCUUCUUGUGUCUCGGCUGGGGUCUCCCAGCACUUGUUGUAGCCAUCUCAGUGGGAUUCACCAAGGCAAAAGGAUAUGGAACACCAAACUACUGCUGGCUGUCUUUGGAGGGAGGCCUUCUCUAUGCAUUUGUUGGACCUGCCGCAGCUGUAGUCUUGGUUAACAUGGUUAUUGGGAUUCUCGUUUUUAACAAACUGGUCUCCAAAGAUGGCAUUACUGAUAUGAAACUAAAGGAGAGGGCGGGUCAGAUGACAGUGCCACUGUACAAUAUGACGCUCAAAUGUGCCAAGUGCGGAGUAAUCUCUUCGGCUGACGUUUCCACCACAGCUACCAGUAACGCCAUGGCGUCACUGUGGAGCUCCUGUGUGGUUUUGCCUCUCUUGGCCCUCACAUGGAUGUCUGCUGUCCUGGCCAUCACUGACCGACGUUCUGCCCUCUUCCAGAUUCUUUUCGCUGUGUUUGAUUCUCUGGAAGGUUUUGUUAUCGUAAUGGUUCACUGCAUCCUGCGUAGAGAGGUUCAGGAAGCAAUCAAGUGUCGUGUUGUGGAUCGGCAGGAAGACAAUAAUGGAGAUUCAGGUGGAUCUUUUCAAAAUGGCCAUGCUCAGCUCAUGACUGACUUUGAAAAAGACGUGGAUAUGGCUUGCAGAUCCGGCACAGUGAAGCGCUCGUCUCUCCAGGGUGAAGACAAGGCUUCUGCCGGGACCCUCACCCUUCAGAAAGGAUCCAACUUUAACACAAUGCCAGCCAGCAUGACCAAGGUUCACCUCCAGAAUGUGGCCGACUACUCCAGCCACACCCUCUCUCUGCGCCGGGAGAAAGGUGCUGCCGCAAAGGGGAUCAGCACCGAGCUCCCCGGCGCCAAAUCCAUCUACAUCUGUGACGGCGAGCUCUUCAAGCAGCUGGACGGGGAACUUCCCCGAGGGAACGGGGAGGGCAGCAGCUUGGACAGCACCAGCAAAGGCCCGGGGUACGUCAUCCUACCGGCUAACAACACAGGUACACUGAAAGCCGCCAAGGGGAAAGAUGAUCCGACCAGCAAGUAUAACAUCACCAUGGAACAGCUCCCUCAGAGCAGGCUCAUCCAUCUGGCCAACUCUACUGCUGGAGAGCCAGUCCCUGGCUUUGGGCUCAAGAGCCUUCCUACUGACCAGGUCAGUGUGUCAUGUACUGACAGAGACUCACCAGCUCACAAUCUCCACAACAUGCCCAAAGACUCGCAGACAACAAGCAGUUUGGCAGAUGCAGGCGACUCUGGCAACUCCGGGGUGAUGUCCAAGAGUGAAACCGUCUCCACACUGUCCAUGAGCUCAUUGGAGAGACGAAAAUCACGCUAUGCAGAGCUUGACUUUGAGAAAAUAAUGCACACCCGGAAACGGCACCAGGACAUGUUUCAGGACCUGAACAGGAAGAUUCAAAGUGCAGACAAGGAUAGAGAGUCUCCACCUGUUGAUGCCAAAGCUGCCAAAAGAUGGAGUGUGUCCUCUACCGGCAGCGACAAGACCAACAUGAGUGAUAAGCAGCAGACCCCCAGUAAGAGGGCAUGGGAGGGCAUCCGCAAACCCCACUCACCCCCUUCCUGGGUGAGGAAGGAGCUGGAAGCGGUGGCGGCGUCGCCCCUGGAGCUGCAGACGGUGGAGUGGGAGAAGAGCAGCGCCACCAUUCCCCUGGUGGGCCAGGAGAUCAUGGACCUGCAGACGGAAGUGUGACCUCUGACCAAUGCCUCACACCCCACCGCUCCCUGCCAUCUUCAGUGCUGUCACCACACACACACACACACACACUCUUUGCACACUGCCAUGCUCAAUACAAAAUGAAGUAGAGUCCUCUGCAGGGACUUAAAGCGGAAGAGGGCUGAGGACCAGAUUCACAGGGUUGGAAAAUGGAGUUUGUAGCGAAGAGGAACAUGGCGUCUCUUUUUGUUUCAUUUGAUACUUUGAUGUGGCCAAAAAGUGGACUGUCUGGACAACAGUCAGCUGACUCAUAACAAGAGACCGUGUGCUUCUACGUGUGCAUCAUCCAGAUGUUCUAAACAGCAUAUCCAUGCUCCCCCUGUAUUCAACUGUUACCAUGAAAUAAUCUUGACAUGUCUCUUGAGGUUGAGGUUAUUGAGGUUGUCCUGAUCGAGGCUGAUGCUAAGCUCAGCUUCAGAUGCCUCUCAGUGACACUAAGCUGGGUUUAAGGAAAUGGACUAGACCCAAUCUGCUCCUCAGUACCGAUCUGGGCACAGUGAUUUGAGCAUGCUGAAGUGAACAGGACUGUGACCUGACGGAGGAUAAAAAGCAGGGAGAGUUCAGAACUGUGGUGUGGCGGGGCAUGUGUGGGCUGCUGGCUCUGAUUGGCCCGUAUCAUCCAGUGGGAGCCCAGCUACUUAGGGUUCAUAAAGUAAAGACACCCUGAGAAGAACAAAGCUCAACAUGUUGGCAAUCUGGAAAAGUGAACCGAAAAGACCCUGUGUGUGUGUGUGUGUGGGUGCGUGCGUGUGUGUGUGUGUGUGUGUGUGCCCUGAGAAGCGCAUUAGGACGCGGCUCUACUUAUAUAUGACUCAUUGGUCGAUGGUGAUGACAUCCAAUGAGGUCAUCAGGCGGUGUGUGCGUGUGUGUGUGCAGGCUGCACAGAGGGGAAGCACAAGGCUCACCUGGAGUCCUGAUGUAUAGCAUUGUAAUUAUUUCGACAGAGUUCUACAGAAUGGAUUUUAGUCUAUAAAUAUCUUUCUUACUGUGCUUGAGGAUAGUUGUUCUCAUUAUUAUGAAUAUGAACAUGAUUAUUCUGAUACUGAUAAGCCCCCACCCACUGACCCACCCAUCACCCCCUCCCCUGACUCAUCAGGGUACUGGACUACAAGUGUUCUGUAUCGCUAUGUAACUGUGUGUUUUGAUAUCACCACUGAGUCAUUCAGAUAUGUGUUUGUCCUCUCCCAUAACCCCAUGAAGCCAUUCUUACCUCCAACACAGAUCUCCCUUCACCCCCCAUUCCCAGGUCAUGCACCCUACUGCUUUUUUGUUGAUGUACAGUUUUCAGAGCACAAUGAAUGUGUCUUAUUUCUAAUAAAAGCAUAUCUAUAUAAUUUA